AUUAUACCUAUGUUAAAGUCAAAUCCUGCUAGGAAGAUUAUUGCAUCUACACUUAUCACAAUACAUAAUGCCACUUGAGAACAGAGACGAGCAGAAUGAAGCACUGUUGCCGCGUGCUCGCUCGGGCAGCGGUAGAGAUCACACAGACCACGUAGUAUGUGGUGAUGGGAAAGUUGGACUAGUCGCGUCUACUGCCACACUGUUGUUAGGUGUCCUAGGUGCAGGUCAACUCACACUGCCGUUUGCAGUGAAUCAGGCUGGAUUAGUACUUGCAGUAGCUUACCUCGCCCUGCUAGGCGUAUUGGCCGUCGUUGUGCUUAAAAUGCUGAUGGUGAGCUCGAAAUAUACGGGUCAAACGACCUACGCUGCCGUGCUGGAAGAAACAUGUGGGCCGAAAGCAAGGCUUGUAGCGAACACGCUCCUAGGAAUUUAUGCGUGGGGAGGAGCAGUUAGUUUCCUAAUUCUUGUCGCCGACGAGUUAGAAGAUUUGUCUGCGGUCUUCGGAUGGGACCAGCCACGCUGGAUACUGAUCACUAUGCUCUCUGUGUGUGUAGUUUACCCCCUGUCGCUGUGCAGUAACCUAGACCGACUGAAGUUUACUUCUUAUCUGGGAGCCACUGCCGCCAUUUACAUCAACUUUGUUGUAUUUGUCAACGCUCCCUGGUUCCAGAACGGUAAAACGUUCGAUACGUGUGGCGGGUAUGAACAUGCGCGGCUUGUCGAUGAUCCACCCCGGUUCGAUCUAUUCCCAAACACCGCUCUGGGUGCCUUCAACUCGCUACCUCUGAUAGCGUUUGCGCUGAACUCGGCAUGGUGUUUCGUGCCGAUAUUGAACUCCUUGUACGAGCCCACACCUCCGCGAGUCAACAGGAUGAUCACGUCUGCAAACGUGAUAAUCCUGACCAACUAUGCCUUGCUGGCUUUUGUCGGCUAUUUCUCGUAUUGCAGUAAUACAAAAGACAACAUCCUGGGCAACUUACCGUCAACCCCCUUGGUUAUCGUCGCCCGAGUCAUGCUAAUCAUGCAGCUGUCCUUCGCACUGCCACUGCGCUUCCACGUGACACGCGGUGUUCUUUAUGAACAAGCACCGUUCAUGCCGAGCAGGCAGCUGUCUGAUCCAUCCACCAGCGGUGAGAAGGUUGUUUACACGCUGAGCACGACCUUGCUGGUAGGCGUUGCUGUCAUGAUCGCUGCCUUGACCAGCAACCUACACGUGGUCAUCGGUCUCACGUCGGCAGUUUGUGCAAGUUUUACUAUCUACAUCUUCCCGGCGCUGAGCUUCCGGAUCGCGGUAGCCCACAAAGAGCCACACACUAACGGAGAGAAGUUCUUUAUGAACAUUGCACCUUACAUUUGUAUAGCUACGGGCGUUGCCGUUCUCGUGCUGGGUACCGGAGCUAUAUUAGUCGAAGUUGCAUUUGGUAUGAAAGUGACUGGGGGAUAAGUAAGUCAAGUAACGAACCUUACGAUAGCAUGACACUUGGAGUAUAGUCUACACUUGAGGACGAGUUGUACUUUUUAAUAAUAAGAGAUAGCGGCAUACAUCAAGCUACUCUUGGACAUAUGUAUAAAUUUAAGACUAGAUUCGCUGAAUUAUUGUUUUAUUUUUUUAUUGUAUACAAAUGUGGUGGAAGCAGCAUGUUUCAAUUGUUCAUUUACUAGCUCUGCUAUACAUACAAUCGUUGAGACUACCAGCAGAUGCUAAAUUGUUAAACUGCCAAAUGCCUGGUCUAGAAGAUAAAGUCUUCCAUCA